GCCUAGGUGAUCGUUCGUUCGUUCUGUCAUCAAUCAGUGUUGAUGACUAAUCCAAGGGGUGGAAGUUGAAUUCGGAGACAUGAGCCAGAUUCCGACAUCACUACCCAUUUUUCGGCAAGACACCUGCGACGAUGGUGGCUUCGAAGAGGUCAACUUGAAUGGCGAUAAUGAGUGCAACACACCCGUCAAUGAGUUUGUGGACUUUAACAAGCAAUUUCCCAUGACCGUGGUGCAAGGGGCUGUGAGGUCCAGAAGUCUUUGCAUGACUCUCUCAUCCGGAUUCUCAUCUGAAACUGAACCUAGUCGAAUGAAGGAAUCCAAGGCCCUUUCUAGACGGUGGAUCACUUCGACUGAAGAGGAUGAAGAAGGCGGCGAUAUGUUCAAGGAAAGAGUUCCGGGCAGAUCCCAAGCCCCCGAAAAUAUCUUUAAAAAGUGCAAUUGGGAAAGGGUUAGAACCCCGAGUCUGGUGGACGAGUUGCUCAGCGAGAUCUACGCUCGCUUUGGCGAUGACUCGUCAUCCCGAUCCAGAUCAUUUGGUGGAUCCUCGUCGCGUUCGCGGGCUUCUCAGAGCGGAAGUCCGGAUUCGGAUUGCUGGACGGAGUAUUCUACGACAUCAGAAAAUGUUAACGGCCGACGACAUAGCAUCAUGAUUACUGUUCCUCCCACUAACUCGUCCUUGCAACGACGAGAUAGUCAAAGAAGACAAAAGCUCAAGGAAAGAGGUGCAAGUGAGCUCCGGCAUGAGGUUCGUCGUUUGGAGACGCAAAUCCAGUAUUGCAUGAGCCAAUUGACUCGGCAAGUGAAGCGUCGAGAUCGAUUCAGACGGAGACGAGAACGAGAGAGUAAUCUCAUUACUGCCAUUCUUCAAGCAUCCAGCCAAAAACGAAGUCAAGACACUCGCAUUCGCUUCAGUUUGGAGCCUCUGCCCGGGGAUCCUGGUUACGCUCAAUGGAAGGAUGCCAUGAAAAUGGUUGCAAGGCUGCCGGAGGGCGUCCCAUUGGAAUUUAGGAGAAAGUUGUGGUUGAAUUUAUCGGAGAGGUAUUUAACCUCCCGGGGAGUGGAUUGGAAGAAGGCCGAAAGGUUUUGCUUUAAUGAAUGGAGCAAUCCCGAUGACGAUGAGUUGGGCCUCCAAAUUGUCAGAGAUCUUCAUCGUACUGGUUGCAGCCUCUUUUGUGGCGAUAAUGCCGAAGACAAUCAAUUGAUGCUCAAAAGAGUCCUGUUGGCUUACGCCAGAUGGAACAAGUCCAUUGGAUAUUGUCAGGGAUUCAACAUGUUAGCCGCCAUCAUUCUCGAGGUCAUGGAGAAAUCUGAAGAGGAUGCUCUCAAGGUGAUGAUAUACAUGAUUGAAGGCAUCCUCCCUGAAUGUUACUUCACCAACAACUUGCGAGGUCUCUCCGUGGACAUGGCAGUCUUUCGAGAUCUACUGAAAAUGCGAUUGCCCAAAUUGUCCAAGCAUUUGGACAGCCUUCAGGAAGACGCACGGGAUGGUGGUGCAGGCACAAGUUAUGAACCUCCAUUGACCAAUGUGUUUACAAUGCAAUGGUUUCUGACCCUUUUCUCGACGUGUCUACCUAGAGAUUUGGUGCUUCGGGUCUGGGACUUGAUUCUGUUGGAAGGCAACGAGGUCUUGCUGAGAACAGCUUUGGCCAUUUGGAAAGGCUUGGAAGAGAGAAUAUUACUUGUUACCACAGCUGACGAAUUUUACGGUGCCAUGGGACAACUAUCACAAGAAAUGUUGGACUUCUCUACCGAACAAUCGAAUACCCUCGUUAAGGACCUGGUCGAGAUAUCACCAUUUCCAUUCUCAGAAAUUGGCGAACUGAGAGAAAACUAUACUUACAACAUCACACCGUGGUCCCAAGGCAUAGCCGUGGCUAAAAAGGGCCUGAAAAUAUUGUACAGUGAUGAUGAGGACAACAUGGACGAGGAUGAGGAGAAGAUUGCAGUGGCUGCCACGUUUGGCAUAUCUGCAGUGUUUAAAUCACCCAAAUCGCCAGGGAGAGAACCUCAUAGCAAGAAUGCUUUAACCAACGUGGGUCCAAACAAAGGACCUUCAGGACUAAAUGUGGAUCGAGAACGACUUACCGUGGACAUAUCGGCAUUGAAGCAACAGUACUCUAAACUGAGACAAAGACAGAAACAAGCCCAAAUUAUUCUAAGCAGUGCAAUGACCAAGCAUCUCCCAACGGAAGGAGGUUCUGUUCCACCCACCGGAUCCAAUGUCAACACAUCUGUUGCCAUGAACCAUCUCCUCUUGGGCAAGAAGCCAUUGGUCACCACCAAACCGAGGCGAGGGCCUAUUCCCGGAUCAGUUCCAGCUCCCAAGGCCAAACCCAUCGGGCACACUCAUGGACCCAGUUCCAAGUGCCAAACUACCCAAGUUUUGUGCCCGCAGCCUGAGAUUGUGGUGCCCAAUGGGUACCAAUUGAGUACUACCACCCGACGCAAGAAAGGCAGUAGUCAUCAUUCACUGUUUUCGCCGGAGAGCAAGGGAAGCGAGGACAAACUGGAGGAGAACCAAGAAAUCGAUGCUCCAAAGGCUAAAACCGAAGAGGUAACUCGUUUCAAACGUCCUGGAUCUCGAAUUUCACGGAGUUCGUCGACGGAGCAUUUUAUUGGAGCGAGUGAUGACGAGACCGAGAAUGCCACUGACCUCGAAGAGCUCCCAAGGGAUUUGGAACAUUUGGAUUCAGCCAGUCUAAAGUCCGAUUGCGAUAAUCGACAAUUCGCCGAGGCAUUGAUGAAAGACUUUGAUCGCGCCAUUCACGGAAUCGAUGAGAUCGAUGAAUAUGAGCCUGUGAUUGUGAACUCGGCUAAUAGCGAAAAAGCCAUUCAGAUCAUCAAAGAGAACUCGGAGAUCCUCGAGAAGAUUCUGAGGAAGAAAGGCGAGAAAAAUGUUCCCAGUCUAGAGAAAUCCCUGACUACCGAAGGGUCGAUGGAUUUGAUUGAUAAAGGCUCGCGAAGGUCCUCGAUGAUGUCCCGAAGUGUUUCGAGUGGAGGGCAAAGGCGAGGCUCGAACCCGAGUGGUCCAGUCAUGGGGUCUAUUAAACCCAUUACGUUUAACCCAUUUCCAAAACCUGUGACAAUGCGACGGAACAAAGAAGUGGGACGAAAGCUCGGGCUUUAUUCCACGGUCAAAUAAAUACCGGCUUUUGUAACGUGUGCAAGUCUUUGAUGCUUGAUGCGUGCUGUAUUCCAUAAUGGAAAACGGGAGUGUUUCCAUUUGAUAAAUGUAAAAUGAAGCUUGUGUGCCAAUGUCAAACAUAACGUUUCAGGAACUCGCUGGCAAUCAAAUAUAGAAAUAUACCAUCCAUGAA